UGGCUGGUCAACUACUUCGGUUCACUUUCUGUUGAUGAUUCCCUGGAGUGUUUACGAGCUAUGUUGCAAACCAACAUCCGUCAGAAUUUGCAGGUCUGUGUUCAGAUCGCGACCAAAUACCACGAGCAACUUGGCACCUCAGCCUUGAUAGAAAUUUUCGAAUCUUUCAAGUCAUUCGAAGGCUUGUUCUAUUUCUUGGGAUCUAUUGUGAACUACAGUCAAGAGCCGGAGGUACAUUUCAAGUAUAUCCAAGCGGCUUGUAAGACUGGACAAGUAAAGGAGGUUGAAAGGAUCUGUCGCGAGAGCAACUGUUACGAGCCAGAACGUGUGAAGAACUUCUUGAAGGAGGCUAAACUGACCGAUCAACUGCCAUUGAUCAUCGUAUGCGAUCGAUUUGACUUCGUGCACGAUCUAGUGCUUUAUUUGUUCCGCAACAAUCUUCAAAAGUAUAUCGAAAUAUAUGUUCAAAAAGUCAACACGGCUCGUCUGCCUAUUGUGGUUGGUGGUCUGUUGGACGUGGAUUGUGCCGAGGAUGUAAUCAAACAGUUGAUUGCAGUUGUGAGAGGUCAGUUCAGCACCGAUGAACUAGUAGCGGAAGUGGAGAAGCGAAACCGUCUUAAAUUGCUGCUUCCGUGGCUUGAGUCUCGCGUACACGAAGGUUGUGUGGAGCCAGCUACCCAUAACGCUUUGGCGAAAAUCUACAUCGAUUUGAACAAUAAUCCCGAGCGGUUCCUCCGAGAAAAUCAGUAUUACGAUAGUACAGUUGUUGGAAAAUACUGUGAAAAACGGGACCCGCACCUCGCUUGUAUAGCAUAUGAACGUGGCCGAUGUGAUCAAGCGCUGAUAAACGAUCCCGAAUUAUGGGCGGAAACACUUCGCGAGUCUAACACCUACAGGCGUCAGCUGAUAGAUCAAGUGGUGCAGACCGCUUUAUCAGAAACCCAAGAUCCGGAAGAAAUUUCCGUCGCUGUUAGAGCGUUCAUGGCCGCGGAUAUGCCAAACGAGUUAAUUGAGCUGCUGGAAAAGAUCGUCUUGGAUAGUUCUGCAUUCUCUGAUCACAGGAACUUGCAGAACUUGUUGAUCCUGACCGCAGUCAAAGCCGACAAGUCCCGAGUAAUGGAUUACGUUAAUCGCUUGGAUAAUUACGAUGCUCCAGACGUGGCUAACAUAGCUAUCAACAAUGGUUUGUUCGAGGAGGCAUUUGCUAUAUUCCAAAAGUUUGAAGUCAAUACGUCCGCCAUUCAGGUACUGAUAGAUCAUGUAAAGAAUCUUGAUCGAGCAUAUGAGUUCGCCGAACGUUGCAAUGAACCGGCUGUUUGGAGUUUGUUGGCUCACGCUCAACUACGUGAGGGGUCUGUGAAAGAAGCAAUCAAUUCAUACAUCAAAGCAGCUGACCCGAGCCGUUUUGAAGAAGUGGUUCGCGCUGCUUCAAAUGCUGACCAGUGGGAAGACCUUGUCCGUUAUCUUCAAAUGGCUCGCAAAAAAACUCGCGAAACGUUUAUCGAAUCAGAGCUGGCUUUUGCAUAUGCGAAAACGAACCGUUUGUCCGAUUUGGAAGAGUUCAUAUCCGGACCAAAUCACGCUAAUAUUACUCAGGUUGCCGAUCGUUGCUUCGACCAUCAAAUGUACGUGGCUGCCAAACUGCUCUAUACAAAUGUCAGCAACUAUUCGCGUCUGGCCAUCACUUUGGUGCAUCUAGGCGAAUAUCAGGGAGCAGUGGACGCCGCUCGGAAGGCGAACUCAACUCGCACUUGGAAGGAAGUUUGCUGUGCUUGUGUAGAUCAUAAAGAAUUCCGUCUGGCCCAGAUGUGCGGUUUGCACAUAGUCGUACACGCGGAUGAACUGGAAGAUGUGAUCAAUUACUACCAACAACGCGGACACUUUGAUGAGCUAAUACAACUGUUGGAAGCAGGUCUCGGUUUGGAACGGGCUCAUAUGGGCAUGUUCACAGAACUGGCCAUUUUGUAUUCAAAAUUCAAGCCAGAAAAAAUGCGAGAACAUUUGGAACUGUUCUGGUCCCGUGUGAACAUUCCAAAGGUGUUACGAGCGGCGGAACAAGCGCAUCUUUGGUCCGAGCUGGUUUUCCUGUAUGACAAGUAUGAAGAAUUUGACAACGCGAUCAUGACCAUGAUGAACCAUCCAACUGAUGCUUGGCGGGAGAAUCAUUUCAAGGAUGUAAUUACCAAAGUGGCCAAUGUUGAACUGUACUAUAAAGCCAUCCAGUUUUAUCUCACCUACAAACCACUCCUGUUGAACGAUCUGCUUUUCGUGUUAUCUCCCCGAUUGGAUCACACACGUACCGUGGCGUUUUUCCAGAAAGCUGGACACAUUGCUUUAGUGAAACCCUAUCUUCGCUUUGUGCAACAAAAUAAUGCGAACAACAAAGCUGUGAAUGAGGCUCUGAACAAUCUCCUGAUUGAGGAAGAAGAUUAUCAGGCUUUGCGGCAAUCCAUCGAGGCGCACACCAACUUUGAUCAUAUCGCGCUGGCACAGCAGUUGGAACGACAUGAACUGAUCGAGUUUCGUCGACUUGCUGCGUUGUUAUNAAAGGUAGCAGUCGGUGGGCUCAAAGUAUCGAGCUGUGCAAACGUGAUAAGCUCUACACGGUACGUCACCUAUGAUUGGGAUGCUAUGCAAUACGCCAGUGAUUCUCGCAACCCGGAAACUGCCGAAGAACUGAUACGUUGGUUCUUGGCGGAAAAUCUUCCAGAUUGUUUCGCUGCCUGCUUGUAUCGCUGUUACGAUCUGCUGCGCCCUGAUGUGNAGCUUGCAUGGCGCAAUGGUCUUAUUGAUAUGGCUAUGCCGUUUAUGAUCCAGAGUAUGCGAGAAUUAACAACGAAGGUAAGAUUAAUUCAUUUUAUUGGUGCAUAUUCCCCCGCCAUAACAGAUGCNCACUCAGAACAGAUGCGUGCUGCUGAGGAAGAAAAGGCUGAGCAGGCAAUCAAUCCAUUAGUGAUGCGUGGUGAACCGCAACUAAUGUUGACUGGUCCUGGCGGGGCGAUGCCUCCAGGUAUCCUCCCUCCAGGAGCUGCCAGCCCAGCUAUGUACGGAGUUCCCGGAGCUCCCAUGUAUUACCCCACCAACGGACCCUCGUUCUGA